AUAGCCUAAUCGUCUCUUUACCAAUUCAUUACAACAACAAUAAUAUUCAAUGGAGAAGGAAGUGGUUUUGUUGGAUUUUUGGCCAAGCUCUUUUGCAAUGAGAGUGAAAAUUGCAUUGGCUGAAAAGGGAAUCAAAUAUGAAUGCAGGGAAGAGAACUUGUUUGAUAAGAGUCCAUUACUGGUAGAGAUGAAUCCAGUUCAUAAGAAAAUUCCUGUACUAAUUCAUAAUGGAAAACCCAUUUGUGAAUCCCUUGUGAUUGUUCAAUACAUUGACGAGGUUUGGCAUCACAGCUCUCAUCUGCUCCCUUCUCAUCCUUACCUCCGAUCUCAAGCAAAAUUUUGGGCCGAUUAUAUUGACAAAAAUCUAUACAGUAUUGGGAAGAGGAUUUGGGCUGGAAAAGGAGAAGAUCAAGAGUUAGCAAAGAAAGAGUUGAUAGUGUUUUUCAGAAACAUGGAAGGAGAGCUUGGAGACAAACUAUACUUUGGAGGAGAGAGUUUUGGGUUUGUAGAUGUGGCAUUAGUUCCAUUUACCGCGUGGUUUUACACCUACGAGACACGUGGCAAUUUCAGUAUUGAAGUUGAAUGUCCCAAACUUAUUGCAUGGGCAAAGAGGUGCAUGGAGAAGGAGAGUGUUUCCAAGACACUGCCUCAUCCUCAUAAGAUUUAUGAUUAUGCCAUGGAGCUUAAGAAGAAAUUGGGGAUUGAAUAAAUACUUAAUGGAUCCAUGUCACUUCUUUUUUAUUGCAUUUUAUAUUGAGUUGUUUAAGUUUUAAAGUAGUAAUAAAUUUAUGGUUAUUGUCUUCUAUUAAUAAA